GCUUCCGGUGUCCGGCGAUCCGCUGAAUGGGCGAAGCGAGGAAGAUAGUUCCGGAGGAAGGCUGCUCCCUCGGGUGAGAAGUUAGCUCUGUUUCUUGCCUUGCGCAGCUCUCGAACUCUGUGCUGUGUUCACUCUUGCGCGGUGAGUUCCAGAGACGUCGCUGAAGCAGCAGCAGCAACAGCAACAGCAGCAGCAGCAGCAGCAUGACGAGCGAGGGUACCGAAACGCGGAAUCCCGCGGAAGGUGGACCCCCUAAACUGCAGUUUGUCCCCUUCAGCAGCGCCUUGGAUGCUGGCUUUUGGCAUGAGCUGACCCAGAAGAAGCUCAACGAGUACAAGCUCGACGAGACCCCCAAGGCGAUCAGAGGCUAUUACUAUAAUGGAGAUCCUGCUGGUAUGCCAGCUCGUUUAACGCUGGAAUUUAGUGCUUUUGAUAUGAAUGCCCCAACACCAGCACAUUGCUGCCCUGCUAUUGGAACGUUGUAUAACACCAAUACUUUGGAAGCAUUCAAAUCCUGUGAUAAGAAGCUUCUUCUUGAGCAAGCCGCAAAUAAGAUAUGGGAUGCAAUAACAUCAGGGACUGCUGUUGAGAAUCCUGUCUUACUGAACAGAUUUAUCCUAUUAACAUUUGCUGAUUUGAAGAGAUAUCGUUUCUACUACUGGUUUUGUUACCCUGCGCUUUGUCUCCCAGAAGGUAUCCCUUUGAUUCAGCAGCCUGUGUGCCUAGGUGCAAAGUUCUCAGCUACUCAGAUUGAAGCUCUCCAGAAUGCAUAUGAUGAGCUUUGUCAGAAAGAAGGCCUUACAGCUCUGCCCUUUUUUCUAAUCAAGUACCACGACGAUUCUGUUCUUGUCUCCUUGCUCAGAAACUGGGACAACUUCUUUUCUGAUCCCGGGGAGCAGGUGACAAUUGGUGUUUACGAUCCCUGUAAUUUUGCCCAGUAUCCUGGUUGGCCACUGAGAAACAUAUUGGUCCUGGCAGCACACAGAUGGGGCAGCCACCUUCAUUCUGUUCAAGUGCUCUGCUUCCGAGACAGGACCAUGCAGGGAGCAAGAGACAUUUCACACAGCACCCUUUUUGAAAUAAAGCUUCCGCAAGUGACACAGAAUUCAGGUUGUCCAAAAGCUGUUGGAUGGGAGAAAAACCAAAAAGGAGGCAUGGGCCCAAGAAUGGUUAAUCUCAGCGAGUGCAUGGACCCGAAAAGGUUAGCUGAAUCAUCGGUGGAUCUUAACCUUAAAUUGAUGUGUUGGCGGUUAGUGCCUACUCUUGACCUGGAAAAAGUUGUGUCUGUGAAGUGUCUUCUCCUAGGAGCUGGUACGCUGGGUUGUAGUGUAGCCAGAACUUUGAUGGGAUGGGGAGUCAGGAAGAUCACAUUUGUGGACAACGCAAAGAUUUCUUAUUCCAACCCUGUGCGGCAACCACUCUAUGAAUUUGAAGACUGCCUCGGGGGUGGAAAGUCCAAAGCACUUGCAGCAGCAGACAGACUCCAAAAAAUAUUCCCAGGAGUGAAUGCUGAAGGUUUUAAUAUGAGUAUCCCAAUGCCAGGUCACCCAGUAAAUUUUUCUGACGUCACCUUGGAGCAGGCCCGCAAGGAUGUGACACAGCUGGAGGAGCUCAUUGAUGCCCAUGAUGUCAUCUUUUUGUUAAUGGACACCAGGGAAAGCCGGUGGCUUCCUGCUGUUAUUGCAGCCAGCAAGAGAAAGCUGGUAAUCAAUGCUGCCCUGGGAUUUGACACCUUUGUUGUGAUGAGACAUGGACUGAAGAAGCCAAAGUGUCAAGAGGUGGGCGAUUCUCCCUGCAAUAAUCCUUCAGCUUCAGCCGAUCUUCUGGGAUCAUCGCUCUUUUCAAAUAUCCCUGGUUACAAACUCGGUUGCUACUUCUGCAAUGACGUCGUGGCACCAGGAGAUUCCACCAGGGAUCGGACAUUAGAUCAGCAGUGCACAGUCAGUCGACCAGGAUUAGCCAUGAUAGCAGGAGCCCUUGCUGUGGAAUUAAUGGUAUCCAUUUUGCAGCACCCAGAAGGUGGCUAUGCCAUUGCCAGCAGUAGCGAUGACAGAAUGAAUGAACCUCCCACCUCUCUUGGGCUUGUGCCACAUCAGAUUCGAGGGUUUUUAUCAAGAUUUGAUAACGUCCUUCCCGUCAGCCUGGCUUUUGACAAAUGCACUGCCUGUUCCCCCAGAGUCCUUGAGCAGUAUGAAAGAGAAGGCUUUAAUUUCUUAGCAAAGGUUUUUAAUUCCUCACAUUCCUUCUUGGAAGAUCUCACAGGUCUGACUCUGUUGCAUCAGGAGACCCAAGCUGCUGAGAUCUGGGACAUGAGCGAUGAUGAAACACUCUGAAAGCUCAGUGAAUGAAGUGAAAGAUGACCCACUUCAGGGUGUGUUGGUGUGGGUUUUUUUGUCAGUCAUAUGACAAAUUAAUGAUUGCUUACUUAACUGUGGCUGUUGUAAAUAGAAACACUUACGGUGCACAACUUUUAUUGGGAUGGGACAGUAUUGCAAUUCAAGCCACUUGUACCGUGAGUGUAAUUUCUCUUUCUAUUGUGUGUGAAAUAUAUAUAAGAGAGUUGAAAUUAAAAUCUCUCUAUUUUUUCAGCUUCUAAAUAUAGCUUAUAUUUAAAAUACCUCUGAAGAAAACUUCUUUGUUUAUUUUUCUCCCAGUUUGACUUUUUCUUUUAAGUAAACAUUCUGAACAAAUUAUGCCUUUUGAGACACUUCAGGGAUUUAUGGCCAAUGUAUCCUUGUCUCUGAGGUAGACAAUAAGAAAUUAGUCACAUUGAGAAUAAAUAGAAUGAUGGGGUACACAUGUUUAGUCUCUCAAAAAGACAUUUCCUCUGGUUAUUCUGCUUCCAACCUUGUCCUUUCUGUAUAUGACAACACUAUAUAUAUUAUCAACUUUUAGUGCCUUUUUUAAAAAUGGUAGUUGAUAGCGUAUGAUUUUCUUCCUUCCAAUACUAAUAGUUCAUCUCUGCUGCUCCAUAGCGAGGUGAUUGCCCACCAACACCAAAUCUAUGCCACGAGCCUCUAAAGUAUAACGAAAUUAAAUAAUAAUAAGGGAAUCUAUGUUAUUUACUGUUUUUAAUUCAAGUAUUAUUUUAUCUUCUUUGUCAGCACAUAAACAAUGAAACAGCUGUGCAGAAUCUUCAUGCUAGCAUUUUGUGCCCUUUGCCAUUGGACUACUUUCUCAAAUUGUAUCUGGUUACAGUCACAAAUCUGGAGAGGCUCAAAGUAGCCAGAUUAUGGCAUAUCAUGUUAACAGCAUACUUUUAAUCUGUACAUUGCUCACUGAAUCUUGUCUCUACUUGAUUUCUUAUUUCUACUAAUUACAAAACCCCUGUUUAUUUCGUCUUACAUUUUUCUAUCUAGUGAGUUAAUCUAGCUCUUGGGAAGGGGUGUGCAUUUUUUAAAAAUCUCAACACUUAGAAUCUGUACGUUAGCAAUAGCAGAAAUAGGAAGUACAGGUUCUCAUGUGUAUGCAAGUGCAAUCUUUUAAUUUAAAAUAAUGAAAUUGCAUAAUGGCCUUCAGGCACUACUUGCUGAGGAAAUUAAGCAUCUCUGAUGACAGACUAGAACUCAACACUGGGAAAAUUUAGUACUCCACAGAUUGCACUGAGUCACCAGCACAGACGUCAUUUGUAGAUAGUGAAACAGGAAACUCUGUUUUGAAAUUCUACAGUCUUGAUUAGCUGAGAGUCCAAAACAGCUCGGGGUCCCAGGAAUACUCUCCAAUGAAUGUCUGUCUUGACGCUUGGAUUAUCAAGAUUGAAUUUGUCAAUUGUUUUUCCCCUCCGAGAGUUUUAGCUAUAUAUGACAUUUUAAGCACAGGGUAAUACGAUGUUUCCUUGCUUAGUAAUUCCAGUAACUUAGAGUUGUAUAAGACUGAGCUUGCUUCCUGUACAUAUGCUUCCCAGAUGUCUGUGCUGUGCAGAAGUACUCCACUGUGACUUAGAAAACCUUCUGUUGUUUAACUUUAUUGUGUUUUCCUCUCCCCUUACAAACCAGAAUGGCGCUCUUGCUUGCUUGCUUGUACGCUUGCUUCUAGGUGUCCCCCCCCCCUUUGUAAAAUGUUUUAAGCACUUAAUUGAGGAAAACAUAAUGAAAGAUUUUAUUCUAAUGAAUGAAAUGUACAUUAAAAGAACUUCCAAGUACUUUUACUCACUGCCUUCUUUGCAUAGACAGACUUCUGGCACCACCAUCUACUGUUGUAGUUUGAUUGUGGAGGAACUUGAAAUUUGAGCUCUGGGGAAUGAAUGGGUGUGUUUUUGCUGGCAUGAUUGCCCAAAAGUAAAAGUCUUGAUUAUUAUUAUUAUAUUGUCAUAACAAUGGAACCAGAAGUCAUACAAUUAAGCUGAAAGGUAGGGGAUUCAGGACAGCCAAAAGGAGGAGUCUUUUUUAGUUAUCCUCCGCUCCCACAUUAAGUUAUUUGCCCUAGACCAGGGGUGGCCAACUCCCAAGAGACUGCGAUCUACUUUCAGAAUUAAAAUCUGGCAAUGAUCUACCCCCCCCCAACACUUUUUUUUGGGUUCAGGUCAAAGUUAUUGAGCUUUUUUUAGGGAGAAUGAAAGCCCCUACCGAAACCUCUCAAUUGACCUGUUGGACAUCCCUGCCCUAGACCAAAGGCCUUCAUACUCUGCAUCAGUCUGCACUAGUGUUGCCAAGUUAAUUGUGUCUUCAUUUAAUUAUCAUUUUAAUAAGUAUUACUUAACGUGUUCUUUCCUGCCUGAGCAGGUCACAAUAAAAUUUCAAGUUCGCAAUAGGUAAGGUAUAGGGACCCCUGAUUCUAUGACUCUAUGAUUCUAUGAUUCUAUUCUAUGAUUCUAUGACCAUUAGGUCCAGUCGUGACCGACUCUGGGGUUGCACGCUCAUCUCGCAUUAUUGGCCGAGGGAGCACGCGUACAGCUUCCAGGUCAUGUGGCCAGCAUGACAAAGCCACUUCUGGCGAACCAGAGCAGCGCACCGAAACGUCGUUUACCUUCCCGCUGGAGCGGUACCUAUUUAUCUACUUGCACUUUGACGUGCUUUCAAGUUCGCAAUACACAAUAGCAUUUUCAAACACAUCCAGAAAUACAAAAUCAGCUAAAACCAGCAAGAUAAGAAAGGCCCGGGCACACAGAUUCAUUCUUGGCUGACAUAAAAAAUUCAGGAAGGGAGGGAACUCCAUAAUGGUGGGGGCACUGUUGUGAAGGCCCUGUCUCGUGUUGCUGCAUACCAAAAACUGGCCAACUGCUGUAUACUCAAGAAGGCCUCCCCGCCAAAGGUCUUAAUAGUUGACAGCCAUUUAUGUAAGUUUCAUAAAGUAUGUUAAAAUAACAAGAAAGAAUUAUGGGCAACCCUACAGCAGAACUUCAGUGGUGUUAAGGAAAAGCCAUCCAACUCUGAUUUCUGGAGAGGUAGAAGCAGAAUGACUGUCUCACCAUAGACUCCUAGCCCACUGAGCCACUCCAGAAGGAUAUCAUGGUCAAUGGUACUGAAUGCCGUUGAGAGAAUUAGCAGAGUUGCUCUCCCCCAUCCCUCUCUCAAUAAAGGUCAUCCAUCAAGGUGACCAGAGCUGCUUCAGUUCUGUAAUCAGGCAUGAAUUCAGGUGGGGAGAGGGGCAUUGUUGUUCCUGCAAGAGCAGCGGGUGAGAUUUAAGCAACCAGUUUCGCAUUAAACUGCUCCCUGCAUCUCAGGGAAGCAAGUGAGAAGAAGCUGGCAUUGGCGUGAUUGCUGACACCACUGUUGAUGUGGGAGCAAGGCAGGGAACCUUAAAACUUAAAACAUAAUGCUUCUCUAGGUAGAUGCUGUCCCACCCAAACUUUUGGGGGGACAUUCAGACAACUUUUGUUGUUUCAAGCACUCUUAUACAGGAGUGGAUUGAAUUCAGUUGCUAAGAGCUCUCACAGCUCUCUAUUUUUGUUUGGUUUGGUUUUUUUUGCAGUUAUAUGUCUUUUCCAAGACAAGGUGGUUAUUUUUCGUACACCAUGAGUGCUGUGCAUACUGGAAAGGAUUUAGGAUGUGAUAGGAGUCAUUUCUAACAUCCUCAAUAUUUAUCUUAGGUAGACAUUACUGCUACACAUGUGUGCACAGACUGUUGGGCAAGCCCAAAGGCAAUAUCUCCAUAGGGUACCUGUAGAACAAAGGCUAAACUACACAGUGAUAUUACUCAGACUGUAAUAAUACUGCAGUUGCACAAGUGUCACAGAGGGCAGAAUAUUGCCUAAUACUUUUAAGUCCUUUGUCUAGGUCAGCCAAGUUGAUAAACUGUGUCGCGCAACAACAAAAUAAUUGUGUGAAAUGACUGGAGUUUCAGCAUCCUUGGCAUUGGCACUUUUGAGUGUUGUUCCUAACCAUUAAUUCAGUUAUUCUUAAAGUAGGCCUGUAAGGUUGAUUAGUAGUGUUAUCCUCAUCUUUCAGACAGUGGCCUGAGGCCAGGUAACAAAGUUUGUCUGUGGCUCAGGUGAGUCUCGAUGUGGGACUUCCUACCAUAUGCAUUUAGCUGCUGCUUUGCAUCCCUGCUAACGUGAACGUGUAUUAUAUGCACUGACUAUAACUACUCCCUCAGUGUGUGAAUUAGCCCUUAGGUAUGUUUGGGGUGGGACCCAGGUGGCGCUGUGGUUAAACCACUGAGCCUAGGGCUUGCUGAUCAGAAGGUCGGAGGUUCGAAUCCCUAUGACGGGGUGAGCUCCCGUUGCUUGGACCCAGCUCCUGCCAACCUAGCAGUUCGAAAGCACGUCAAAAUGCAAGUAGAUAAAUAGGUACCGCUACAGCAGGAAGGUAAACGGCGUUUCCAUGUGCUGCUCUGGUUUGCCAGAAGCAGCUUUGUCAUGCUGGCCACAUGACCUGGAAGCUAUACGCCGGCUCCCUCGGCCAAUAAUGCGAGAUGAGCGCGCAACCCAAGAGUCGGUCACGACUGGACCUAAUGGUCAGGGGUCCCUUUACCUUUAUGUUUGGGGUAGAAGCUAAAGCGGAACCAUUUUCUAUAGAUAUGGAUUCCCAAAAAAUACUGCACACCCCCCCACACACACACACAAUAAAUAGGCUCAUUCAGCAUAUCUCGGUGAACUCUCACUUAAUGCAUUGUACAAAUCAAGGUUACUUCUGUUACUGAUAGUAUUUACAGAGCACUUUCACUGAGAAGGUUGUUGGCCUCCCCAAUUUGGCUGCUGUGUGGAUGCAGAUUGCUUGGCAUAUAUGCGUAGUUCUUCUUCAUUGGUUGAAUCAAGGUUGCCGUAACUUUUACCAAGUGGUUUCUUAUGUAACAAGGGGCCUCUAAAAACAAACAAGUUGGGAUUUUCUGGCAGCCAUUCAAUACACAGUGCAUUUACAACUCUGUUAUAGCUCUCUCUCGGUGUUUACUUUAUUUGUUUCAAAAUAGGGACUCUGCUAGAUUAUAUAUUGAGCACUUUUUAACUAGGCUAAAGAUGCAGGAUUUUUCUUUCCUUGCCUCUUCCUCUCCUCUCCCAAAAUAAACAGUUUGGCCAUAAAAUGAGUAGAAGGCAGAUAUCCAAUUUGCCAUUAGGAUCUCACUACAUUCAAGUAGUGAGGGACCCAGGUGGUGCGGUGGGUUAAACCACUGAGCCUAGGGCUUGCUGAUCAGAAGGUCGGCGGUUCGAAUCCCUGUGACGGGGUGAGCUCCCGUUGCUUGGUCCCAGCUCCUGCCAACCUAGCAGUUCAAAAGCACGUCAAAAUGCAAGUAGAUAAAUAGGAACCGCUACAGCGGGAAGGUAAACGGCGUUUCCAUGUGCUGCUCUGGUUUGCCAGAAGCGGCUUUGUCAUGCUGGCCACAUGACCUGGAAGCUAUACGCCGGCUCCCUUGGCUAAUAAUGCGAGAUGAGCGCGCAACCCCAGAGUCGGUCACGACUGGACCUAAUGGUCA